UUGUCGUUGGUCGACUGCUAAAGACGUAAAAACAUAGAAAAACAGCAGAUAGACCGUGGAUUAUUAACUGGGAUUUUGCUUUUCUUCACUCAGACCUGGGGUGGAAUGUGUGGACCAAAUUAUAAACAAUACACCGAUGCGUAUGCAUCCUGCAGAAACCCGAUUCUCGGAAUCAGCGUCACUUUUGCACCUUAAAAACAUCGGCGUAGUUUUCCACAGGGCGCUUCUAUCCCGUCGAGCUCUGCAGCCACCCAGCAGCUCUGCAGAGAAGGGAGCCCGCAAAAACAUGGAUCUCAUCAUCAAGCCGAGAGCAAAGUCAUUCGUCUGGCUUUACUUUGGCUAUAAAGCUGGCGAAAAUGGCCGACCUUUGAAUCCCGACGAAGUCGUCUGCCGUUUAUGCCGAAAGAUUGUGUGCGCGAAGGGAAACACCACGAAUUUAAGGAGUCAUCUGAGGCGUCGACAUCCCGCUGAGUUUAACGAGAGCAUUGGCUCCACGACCCCUGGAUCUUCCUCGGAGCCUCAAGGUCUGGAACUCAGUCACGAAGAGCUCAAUGAGGAUGUACCGCUCCUCCAGACCCCCUCAAACUCCAAUUACGUCCCAGAUGCGGUGGUGCCGCCGGGCGAGCCGUGGCUCCACGGCGGCCCCUCCAGGGCUGUGCUGUCCCUGCCUGCCUGUCUCUCCCUCCGUACAAAUGGUGCGUCCUCUGUCGAAGAACAGGGGGAGAUGAAGGUGUAUGCUAAGUGUCAACUUCAGCAAGGGGUCCUGUUUGGGCCCUUUUUGGGAGAGGUGUGCAAGGGACAAAUGCUGAGCAACCUCAGAUAUGCCUGGGCUAUCCGAGAUGAUUCUGCCUUCACCUAUGUUGAUGCAUCUGAUGAGAACAAAUCUAACUGGAUGAGAUAUGUAUCAUAUACAAGCAACGAGGACGAACACAACUUGGUGGUUUUCCAGUUUUACCGUCACAUAUACUACAAGGUUUGCCAGUCCAUCUCAGAGGGGGCAGAGCUCAAAGUCUGGAUUGGGAAGGAUUAUGCCUCGCUAUUGGGUCUGGGGAUGAGUGAUAAUGCAAAAUGUGAAAUCGGAGACAAGGAAACAGCCCUGCGCCUCCUGCAGGACAUCCAGCUGGUCACCCUCCCAGAGCCAAGCAGCACAUCGCUUUGGUCUGACAGCAGCCAAUCACAGAGCCCCAUGCCUGUCAUCGGUGAGGUGACGACCGUGUCCAACCCAGAACCAGCUAACGAUCCAGGCUCAGUACCCAGCUCUGCCUUCCCCCCCGCCAUUCAGAGCUCAUUUAUUUACACCAGCUCCAGUGUGACUGACAAAUAUGAUUUCUUGCCUGGGAGUGAGAAGCUGCUAAGCAAUCCAAACGCUCACCAGCACAGCGCCUGGCAGUUUUUUGGCUUGGAGCCAGACCCCACCGGUCGGCCUCUGGAUCGAAACAUGGCGGUGUGUAAGUUGUGCAUGGAGCGCGUGAGCUGUGGAGGAGGAGCAACAGAUCUCCAGAACCAUUUGACUACCAAACAUCACCUCAAACCUCGAGACAUCACCAAGGAUCGCAUCCUGGCGGCAGGUCAACGUAUUGUCCCUGUGAUGACACCCAGCGGCGUUCACAGCAGCCCCCCUGCAGCAACAUCUGCUCAAGUGACAAAUGCCAUCACCAGUUUCCUCAUCAGGGAUCUCCAGUCCCCAGCUCUGGUAGAAGGAGAAGGGUUCAAACAACUCCUGCAUACACUCCUGCCCUCCUACAAGGAGCCGCUGACAUCCCAGCAGCUGCAGAACCUCCUGAGAGACCACUACAUUAAAGCCAAGAUAAACCUUGUUCAGAUGUUGAGGAACAAAACCGCGGGUGUGGACAUUGAGGAGAUAACAGACUACACCGCUCCCAUUGAGUUCGAGCCCAGGAGACGAGGGCGACCUCGAAACCACCAGAAGGCAGUUUCUCACUUUGUCACCUUGAGUGUAGAUGUUUGGCUCCACAGCUGGCAGGGCAGCAGCCAGCAUUACCUGACCCUCUGGGCACAUUACAUAGGUGACGAUGAUUUCAGUCCUCACAACCUGGCACUGGCAACCCAAAGGCUGGAGGAGAGUGGAGCUAAAGGCUUAAACCUCCAGGCAGUGGAGAUGCAGGUAAAGGCGAUGGCGCAGGAGUGGGGGAUCAACCAGCCAAACCUGGUGUUGUUGGGACUAGAGGGCCAACACAGGAUAAGGCUGAGGCCCAUAAAGACAGAGAAGGGCGUGGAGGCUACAGGGAGUGCCCCACACCCUAAUUCAACAACUUUUUUAGAGAAGGAUGACUCCGCCUCGCCUGAGGAAACACAGGCCUCCUCGGAGCAUUUUAGCGAGGGUCUUCCAUCCGUCCCGUGUUUUUUCAGCGCCGUUCAGGGCUGCAUUGAGGAGGUGAUGUUACACUCAGUGAUCUUUAAAACUCUCAGCCAGUUCCAGAGUGCUCUCUCCACCCUGCUGCUGCCUCCUGCUCAGAAGAGAGGCUUGUACCACCACCAUGCUCGGAAGCUGCUGCAUGGCAUGACCAAAGCAGAGCAGGAAAGAAUAAAGUCGUGGGCUCACAGCCAGCCCACCUGGAAUUCACUUUAUCCUUUACUGAACUCACUUAUCAAACACAAAAGCCUAAUCUGUGAUAUAGUAAAAGACAUUAAUGAAGAAAGCAUGGCCAGAGACGAGACGGCUGCAGAGUCAUUAGGCAGCUACCACGCAAACUCAACCUCAAGCAUGUCAUCGGUGUGCCUCCCGACUUUGCACUCUGAGUGGAAGGUGGUGGAGGAGCUCUGCUUGGUCCUCAAACCUCUGGAUGUGGCCUGUAGAACUUUGGCCAAAGAAGCCUUCCCGCGUCUGUCCCUCGUCAAACCCAUUCUCACAGGCUUGCUCUCACGCCACCUCGUACCCCGGCCGGGCGAUUCCUCGUCCAUCCUAAAGGAGGUAAAGAGGAUGAUGAGGCGGAACCUGGCGAGCUGCUACGUCAGCCCAGCGGUGGACAGGGUUCUGUGCGUGGCAUGUUCCCUCGACCCCCAGUUUCAUGGGCUGGGCUUCAUGGAGGAGAAGCAGCAGAUGGCCACAUUCAACUGGCUGAAGAAGGAGGCUGUGAGGAUAGCGAAGGAGGACAGGAAAAGGAGUAAAGGCAAUCAAGAGAAGAGAAGCUCCCCUCCUGUGUCCCCAGAGUCAGACAGCGAAAUCCUCCGGAGGAGCAAACGCUUAAAGGAGUGCCCCCCGAUCAACUUCAGAGAAAUUAUCAUGGAAGAUGAAUGCAGCGACGCCGGAGAAAACGAUGACGGCGAACCGUCGGACCCUGCUUCUCAGGCUGGGCUCUCUGGCAUGGAGUUUCUGUUGGGGGACCUGUUCUGCUCCACUACAAGGAGCAGGCAGAGCUCCGUCGAGGAGUCUGUCGACAUGGAGAUGUCAGUCUUCAGAGCCGACAGAGGGGCUUCGCUGGGAGUGGAGCCACUACAGUGGUGGAGGACCAAGGCAGCUCAGUUUCCUCUGCUAGCCUCGGUGGCGCGGGUUUACAUGGCUGCUCCAGCUAUGGCGGGAAACGCCGCCCGGGACUUUGUGCAGGAAGGACCCGUCACCACAAACAGGAAGAGGUCCACCAUUCCCCCUGAAAGUUUGGAUGCUAUUCUGUUUCUACACCACAACCACAUUUCCACCUCUGAGGGCGGGCAGGAGUGAUGGGAAGAACAUUGUUCAGAGAGGUUCUGCUGAAAGGAACUGGACCAUCCUCUUCUAUCGUAUCCCUUUUAUACAAAUUAAAAGUGAUUUUAAUCCAGAAACUUCAUCUCCAAGACGAUUUUAAGGUUUGAAUAAAGCAACAGUAUAAUCAUGGAAAACUAAUUGGCAAAUUUAACCUUCAUCUGACUUUGCAGCAAAUUAUUUACCAAUAUAAUCGUGGUGUAAUUUUUAUUUUUUAUUUUUUUUUACAUUUUUGGCUGCGAACUACAAAACAAAUACAGAAAUGUCCAUCAAUCUGUGAUUUUUUUUGUUUUGUUUACUACUGAUUUACUUUUAACUUUAUUACCCUGUAGUCCUUUGUGCCUUAUCUAGUUUCUUUAGCCACACCGUAGUACCAGAUAUUUUCUAACCAAAUUUAACCCUUCUUCCUGUUUUUAUAGCCACAGCUGAUUAUACGUUUUUAGACUGGUCUGUUGAAGGUGGUUUGAUCUUUUGUUUGCCUCUGCUUUCUUCCUGAUUUGUUGAUCAGUAAUUGAUUAAAUGAGAAGCAAGAGUUAAAGACUGUAUCAGUAAAUUGGCUGAAGCAACUUAAAUGAUAAUCAUGUUGGAAUGGCCAAAUAAGAAAAAACAAAAACUGACUGUAAAACAUGCUAUCAUGUUCAAAUAAAGGUUUCUAUAAACUGUGCUGUAAUUGUUUUGUACCACCCUGUACUAAUAGGCAAACCAUCUGUAACAUAGACUUUAUAGAAGGAGUUUUAUACAGUCUGUGGUCUGUGUUGUGCGUCCCUGAAUGUAUUCUUUCACCUUUUUAUAAAUCAAAUACAGAAUAGAUUUUUGUCUUGUAGCAAACCUGUCCUAUAACUUUUAUUUUCUUCCAAUAAAACUGACUUCACCAUUUUAAAA